ACAUGGAAAUACCAUAAAAACGACGACGUUAGAGGACCAUAUUAAUUUCGGUGAUUUUUUUUUUUUUUUUUUUUGAUUCACAAAAAACACACAGCUCACCGGAAUCUCUGGGUUUGCAACGGAAUUGAUUCAGGCAACGAAGAGCAUACGAAUAGUGACCCACCAUAAUAUUAUCGGACAGAUUAUUAAUAAAUGUGGUGGAGAUCAGCCUCUUUCAUUCUCGACAGACAACUUCAAGACGACGCCGCUUCGUCUUCGAAACCUGAAUCUCUCUCUCUUUCACCACCCCAUUUUUCCUCCAUGGCCGAUUCCUUCCACAACCCUAACCCUAACCCUAACUCUACCGAUACUAUUUCCGCCUAUUACCAGACCAGGGCGGCUCACCAUGGUGUUGUCACCAGCGACUGGCUAGCUCAGGCCCAGGCCGCUGUCGGCGGCCACGGGGACGAUCAAGCCGUUCCGGAUCCCGAAUCCCGACCGGUCUCUGGGGAGCAGGGAAAGCCAUUCUGCGUCAUCGAUGAGUUCAAUAACUGGCGGAAGCAGCCCGAUUUGGCUGAGGCUGUUGCGGCGAUUAGGGCUUUGGCGGCGGUUAUCAGGUCCAGUGAGGCCACCACCAUGAUGGAGCUUGAAAUUGAGCUUAAAAAGGCCUCCGAUUCCCUUAAAUCAUGGGACACCACCUCUAUCUCUUUGACAGCAGGAUGUGAUAUUUUCAUACGCUACGUAACUAGGACUUCAGCUCUAGAAUAUGAGGAUUUUAAUUCUGCCAAGUCUCGUUUGAUUGAACGUGCAGAAAGGUUUGGGGAGAUAUCAUACAAGGCACGGAGAAUCAUUGCGAUGCUUAGUCAAGACUUCAUAUUUGAUGGAUGUACCAUUUUGGUCCAUGGUUUCUCUAGAGUUGUUCUGGAAGUUCUCAAGACUGCAGCACAGAACAAGAAACUUUUUCGAGUUUUCUGCACAGAGGGAAGACCAGACAGGACGGGUUUACGAUUAUCGAAUGAGCUUACUAAGCUUGAUGUUCCUGUGAAGCUCCUUAUAGACUCUGCAGUGGCAUAUACCAUGGACGAGGUUGACAUGGUAUUUGUGGGGGCGGAUGGAGUGGUGGAAAGUGGAGGAAUUAUUAACAUGAUGGGGACAUACCAAAUUGCAUUGGUGGCUCACAGCAUGAAUAAACCAGUUUAUGUGGCUGCCGAAAGCUACAAGUUUGCUCGUCUUUAUCCAUUGGAUCAGAAAGACAUGGCGCCUGCAUUACGUCCCAUUGAUUUUGGGGUGCCUAUCCCAUCGAGGGUUGAGGUUGAAAAGUCAGCACGGGAUUACACUCCUCCACAAUAUCUUACACUACUUUUCACAGAUUUAGGUGUUCUGACUCCAUCGGUGGUCAGCGAUGAGCUCAUCCAGCUAUACUUGUAGCAGCCACACUGGAAAUGUAAUUUUCAUUUUACUUCAUAUAGGAAAGAUGCUAAUGCCAUGGUGUUUACUUUGCUUGAAUGUUCAACUUGGAACAAAUUUUGGUGGAUAUGUAUAUGGUUGAAUCAUUUGAGACGUGUUUGAUGUAUGGGUAGUAGAUGUUUUCAGGUAACUUUUUGUUAGCAUUGAGAUUGCAUGGUUGACUCUUUCAA